AUGGCAUCCUACUCUUCAAGACAACCCUACAAUCCGAGGAGGUCCUCUUCCAGGCACAGAGAGUCGAUCUCGUCCUAUGGAAGCUCCCGACCGGACAAUGCCUCCAAUAUGCUGGACGACAACGAUCACGAGAUGUACUCUGGAGCUGCCUCGGAAGUGAUUCCGUCCUCGAUUUCUUCGUUCCACCAUCACCAUCACCAGGGUAACUACAGGUCGCCGAGAUUGUCGUAUUCUACGGCAAAUCAGCUAGACAGUGGCCUGGAACUUACAGAAAGUGGGAGAGGAAGGAAUGUCAACAUUGACGCCGAUUAUGAGGAAACCCCGUCCCGAUCAAGCUCGGUUGAGACAGACCGACUGAACUUCCGUUAUUUUACCACCGAAGAAAUUGAAAAUGCUCAGGGAGUGUCCACAAUGGAAAAUGCUGAAAAUUCUGAGGCUCCAAUUGAUUAUGACACAAACUGGAACUCGUACCAAGACGACUACACGGACUACUAUGGAAGAAGAGGCUCCUUGGUAGAUAAAGCCACAAGGAGCACCCAAGGCUCGCCUAAUGCUGAUUAUGGGUCAAUGGAUGCCGCCUCAUCAACCCAUUUGCUAUACGAUACCGAUUAUCAUUCUGAUGUACAAUCCUCGCUGAGUGGAAGGGAAUAUCAGCCUGGCACCCUCAAGACUGAAGUCAAGCACCAUGACGAAGUGUUUCCCAGCCAUCCCGCACUUUUGCACUACCAGAGGUUCUAUAUCGCCGAGGAGGAUCUCGUUGUUGGAAUUGCAGGUUACAGUACGUCUCGAAAGAAGCUUUUUGCAUACUAUAUGGUAUGCAUUCUGACUGCAGGUCUGGGGUACCUGCUUCUCAGAUGGUUGCCCCGGUAUAGAGUCAAAAUGAUGGGAAAUCCUUCACCUUUGGGAAAAUCUGAUUGGUGCAUUGUGGAGACCGAGUUUGGCGAGUUGGAGAUAAUAGACAUCAACAGACAAUGGUAUAAUCAGCCAUUAUCCACCUAUCUCUCCAAGAACUUCAAGGACCACGAUCCAGAGGGCAAGCCCACCGAGGAGGCUGUUUUAGAGCCUUUCGAGGAUCCGGAAAUUGAUUCUGAUCCUCUUAUUCCGGUCCUGAUCUCUUUUGAGUACCGAUACAUGAAAUUGUACUAUUCCCCGGUGGAGGACAUGUUCAAGGUAAGCAGCAACUGGAUCGAUGAACGCUGGUGUGAUCUGGAAUCCUCUAAAGGCGGUCUUUCAGAAGACUUUUACAAGCUCAGAAGAACGAUAUUUGGCGAGAACGUGAUCAACAUUCGCGACAAAUCGAACAGUCAAUUGCUUCUGGACGAGGUGUUGCAUCCGUUCUAUGUGUUCCAGGUAUUCUCCAUAGUGCUAUGGCUACUGGAUGAUUAUUACUAUUAUGCCUUUUGCAUUUUCAUGAUCUCCAUCGUCUCUAUCGUCCAGACCUUGAUAGAAACCAGACAAACUAUGAAAAGACUCAAGGACAUCUCCAGGUUCACGUGCUCUGUCAGAGUGUGCAGAAACGAGUUCUGGAAAGAGGUCAGUUCCGAGGAUUUGGUGCCUGGUGAUAUCUUUGAGGUUUCAGAUCCUUCCAUCAGUCUAUUGCCCUGCGAUUCCAUUCUUCUUUCGGGAGAUUGUAUAGUGAAUGAGUCCAUGCUCACAGGUGAGUCUGUGCCUGUGUCCAAGGUGGCUCUCACGCAGAACGUUGCCAGUGAUUUGGAGUUCGAAUUUAGCAGACCAAAGUUCUCACAGACACUCGCAAAGUCGUUUCUUUACAGUGGUACCAAGGUUAUACGUUCGCGCAAGGCGAGUGCCGAUGAGGCCUCAAUUGCACUGGUAGUCAAGACCGGCUUCAACACCACCAAAGGUGCUUUGGUAAGGUCGAUGCUGUUCCCCAAACCUACAGGAUUCAAGUUCUACGAGGACUCGUUUAGAUACAUUGGAGUCAUGACCAUAAUUGCCGCAAUUGGGUUCAUCUUCUCCACUAUCAAUUUCAUUAAGCUCGGUCUGGGUCCUAAAAUCAUCAUUCUUCGGGCUCUGGAUCUGAUCACGAUCGUUGUUCCUCCUGCUCUGCCUGCCACUCUCACCAUUGGCACAAGUUUCGCACUGUCAAGACUCAGACAGAAACAGAUAUUCUGUAUAUCGCCUACCCGCGUGAAUGUGGGUGGUAAGCUUGACGUGAUGUGCUUCGAUAAGACCGGUACCUUGACCGAAGAUGGUUUGGAUGUUCUUGGAAUUCACAUGCCUGUUCCCCUUCCUGAUCGCAAGUCUUCCGUAUUCUGUCCAAUUAUAUCGAGCAAUCUGGAGCUGCUGAAGACAGCGUCCUUUGAAUUGCUGGGUGAGUCCUUGGAGGCCCUUUCUCACGAGAAGGCUGCUGGAAACAGAGCCAUAAAUUUGUUUGCAUCCAUGCUGAAUUGUCAUUCUCUGAAGAGUGUGGAUGGAGAGCUCAUAGGCGAUCCUUUGGAUAACAAAAUGUUUGAAUUCACCAAUUGGAUCAUGACCGAGGACGAGCGUAAUGAGCAGCUAUUGGAAUUCUACAGCCAUUACGACGUGCCCGAUGGCUUGACACCAAGCCUAAUAUCGCCCGAGUCUUCACAUAAUGACCAUUUCAUUCUUAUCAAGGAGUUUGAGUUUGUUUCGCAUCUGCGAAGAAUGGCCGUCAUUACCCAGGCCGUUGGAUCGAGUAACGCUCUCAUGGCUUACGUCAAGGGUGCUCCAGAGGUUAUCGAGAAAAUUUGCAAUCCAGAAACUCUUCCCGAAGAUUACGAGGAGCUUCUCCAUCAUUAUACCCAUAACGGUUUCAGAGUAAUUGCGUGUGCUGGAAAGACUCUGAAUGCCAGUCCUUCGAGAAACGACCUCAGAUUCGUCAAGGAUCUGAAGAGAGAGGACUGCGAGACCGAGCUGGAAUUUCUGGGGUUUAUCGUGUUUGAAAAUAAGCUGAAGCCCUCGACGAAAGCCUCACUCAAACAGUUGUCAGAUGCAAAUCUCAGAUGUAUAAUGUGCACUGGUGAUAACGUUCUCACGGCCAUCAGCGUUGCCAGAGAAUGCUGCUUGGUGGACCCCGAAAGUGCGGUGUAUCUUCCUGUGUUUGUUGAUGGACCGAAUGACGAGGGAUCUCCGUUUGUGUGGGAAGAAGUGGAUAAUCCAGACCUGCAAUUGGAUCCAGUCACAUUGGAACCACUAUCACCAGAUCAGUCCUCACACUUCUGUCUGGCAGUCACGGGUGAUGUCUUCAAGUACAUAUUGACAGAACUGAAGGACCAGGAUAUGCUCAUUGAGAAAAUGCUUAUGAAGGGCAACAUCUUCACUAGAAUGUCUCCUGAUGAAAAACACGAAUUGGUGGAACAGCUGAAGAAACUGGACUAUACUGUCGGUUUCUGUGGCGAUGGUGCUAACGAUUGUGGUGCUUUGAAGGCCGCAGAUGUUGGGAUAUCGCUAAGUGAAGCUGAGGCUUCAGUUGCUGCUCCUUUUACCUCGCGUCUGUUCGAGAUCUCGUGCGUUCUGGAUGUUAUCAAAGAAGGCCGGGCAUCGUUGGUGACGAGUUUUUCGUGCUUCCAGUUCAUGUCGUUAUACUCUGCCAUUCAAUUUGUUUCGGUGUCGAUUCUCUACAAAAGGGGUACUAAUUUGGGGGAUUUCCAAUUCUUAUACAUUGAUAUGUUUCUGAUAUUACCCAUAGCUAUAUUCAUGUCUUGGUCCAAGCCUUUCCCAAUUCUGUGUCAGAAAAGACCCACUGCAAAUCUGAUUUCGCCAAAAAUCUUGAUACCCUUGAUGGGAGACAUUGCGAUUCUGCUUAUCUUUCAGGUGAUAGUCUGGAACAUUUGUCAGGAUACCGACUGGUACUUGAAGCCAAUCCCUGGCAACGACGAUGCAGUCAAGUCCACAGACAACACCGCGCUCUUUGCUUUCGCAAACUUCCAGUACAUUUUGGCUGCAAUAGUACUUACCGUGGGUCCACCAUACAGAGAACCUGCGACCAAGAACGUUCCUUUCAUUGUGAAUAUUGUGUGUGCAUUCCUGAUUUCGGCUUUGCUUCUUCUCAUACCACAAGAAAGCAGCUUGGGAGAUCUGAUGGACUUGACAUACACCUCUUGGAGUUUCAAGCUGAUACUUGUAGCUAUGGCAGCAGUCAACUAUGCUGUUCUGCAAUUUGGCCACACAGUCUGGUUUGUUGCCUUAUCCAAGCUGUAUAAAAAGUUUUUUGGCAGAAAGACCAGCAAGAAAGCGUUCAAGAGGUUGAAGAUGGAACUUGAGCAUAGCGGUCAUGUAUAG